CACAUAAGCGAUUUAAGUUUGCGGAGCAAAAAACCCGCACAUUUGCUUGCCGUCUUUGCACAGUGCUACAUACCCCUUGAAUAUAAGUAAAGUUGAAGUCGCUUCGAUACUUUCAUUCCAUAAGCAUUCCGGAAUAGAUUUAGAAACAAUGGCUGAACCCAAAGCUGAUAUUGCUCUCAUCGGCCUGGCUGUAAUGGGCCAAAAUCUUAUCCUCAACAUGGAUUCAAAAGGCUUUGUUGUUUGCGCUUACAACAGGACUGUUGAAAAGGUCGACCAUUUCCUUGCAAAUGAAGCAAAGGGGACAAAAAUCAUUGGAGCCAAAUCAUUAGAAGAUAUGGUACAGAAAUUGAAGAAACCCAGAAAAGUUAUGCUUUUAGUCAAAGCGGGCUCAGCUGUGGAUGCAUUUGUUAAGAAUCUCUUGCCAUUGUUAGAGAAAGGUGACAUUAUAAUUGAUGGUGGUAAUUCUCAGUACACCGACACACAGAGAUGGUGCAAGGAAUUGGCAUCAACAGGAAUUCUAUAUAUUGGAAUGGGGGUUAGUGGCGGAGAAGAUGGUGCUCGUUAUGGGCCAUCUCUAAUGCCCGGAGGUCACCCUGCUGCUUGGCCUGCGGUCAAACCAAUAUUCCAAGCUAUUUGUGCUAAAGUGAACAAUGAGCCGUGUUGCGACUGGGUUGGUGAGGACGGCGCCGGUCAUUUUGUAAAGAUGGUCCACAAUGGUAUUGAAUAUGGUGAUAUGCAACUUAUUUGCGAAGCUUACCAUCUAAUGAAAGAUGUUCUUAAUUUAGAACAGGGCGAGAUAGCACAAGUUUUCUCUGACUGGGGCAAAGGAGAAUUGGAUUCGUUCUUGAUUGAUAUCACAUCUGAUAUAUUGAAAUUUAAGGAUACUGAUGGUUCUUAUUUGCUUCCUAAGAUUCGUGACGCAGCUGGCCAGAAAGGUACUGGAAAAUGGACCGUGAUCAGUGCUCUGGAGUACGGAGUGCCUGUUACUCUAAUCGGAGAAGCUGUGUUCGCUAGAUGUCUCUCUGCACUUAAAGACGAGCGCAUCAAGUCAAGCAAAACUCUUUCGAAGUCUGUUGUGAAAUUUGAUGGUAACAAAGCCGAGUUUAUUGAACAUCUCCGCAAAGCACUUUAUGCCAGUAAAGUGAUUUCUUACGCCCAAGGAUUCAUGCUCCUUAGAGAAGCAGCUCAGGUAAACAAGUGGCAUUUGAACUACGGCAGCAUUGCUCUUAUGUGGCGUGGUGGUUGCAUCAUCAGAAGUGCUUUCUUAGGCAACAUCAAGGAAGCAUACACCAAGAACCCAGCAUUAACAAACUUAUUGUUGGAUCCAUAUUUCUCUAAGCAAGUCUCCAACUCUCAAAUGUCACUGCGGCGUGUGGUAGCGCAAGCUGCGCUGUCCGGUGUACCCUCACCUACUUUCUCCGCGGCUCUGGCAUUUUAUGAUGGAUACAGCUCUGAUGUAUUGCCCGCUAAUCUCUUGCAGGCACAACGUGACUAUUUUGGCGCCCAUACAUAUGAACUGCUCACCAAACCAGGCGACUUCGUACAUACAAACUGGACCGGCCAUGGAGGAAAUGUAUCCGCUUCUACAUACAACAACUAAACUUUUAAUAUUGCAACAUAGUUUACGGAUUUAUUUUUAAUUAUUAUACUUCUUUUGAUUUUA